GAUAAAUGUGCACAUGUAUGUGACGCAUGGGCUUGAUAAAAGUGGAAUGGAAACUAGACAAGUCAUUUGUCACGGGAAUGAAAAAGCAGCUGCAGUCUGCAUGCCCAUCGUAUUUCUUUCAUUUACCAUUCACCCAUGAAGAUAAGAUGAGUGCCUCCAAAUGGCUUAUCUUUUUUGCAUGCAUUAAUUUGAAAGAGUUUGAAAGUGAAGCCUCAUCUUGGACGUCCACAUCUCCACCCUCAGUUAAAGGGCUCAUCGACUCAUGUGUUGUGAUCCCCUGCUCUUUUAACUAUCCCGAUGAAGGAAAUAAAUAUGAAUUCACUGGGAUUUGGAACAAUCUAAAUGGCGUAAUUUUUCACUCAGGCUCUGGACAGAUGUCAGAGCAGUAUCAGAAUCGCGUUGAGCUUGUUGGGGAGCUGAAAGGAAAGAACUGCUCUCUGAAGAUCGACCCCCUUCAAAUAAGCGACGUGGGGCCUUUUAAUUUUAGAAUAGAAAUUAAGAACUACGACAGCUAUUCCUACGAAAACAGUAUCGCCAUUUCAGUUCUAAGUGAGCCAAAUCCUCUCCAAUUCUCGGUGGAAGAGGACAUUAAGGAGGGACAAAAUGUGUCUGCAGUCUGCUCUGUGUCUCACUCCUGCCCUGCCUCUCCUCCUGACUUCAAGUGGAGUCACCUCGGAGAGGAGAUUCGUCAGUCUCAACAGCUUGGCAAUGCAGAGUGGAACACAACAUCUAUUCUGAGCUUUCGGCCGACUCACAUUGACCACAACAAGCCUUUAGAGUGCACUGUAACCUACAAGGGGGGGAUAAGUCAAAAGAAAUCCAAGCUCCUUCAAGUAAAAUAUGCACCAUUGAAUGUGAACGUUGAGUACAAGGUCGACGUAAAGGAGGGAGAAACUGUGGAUCUCACUUGCUCCGGUGAGGCUCACCCUCCUGUCAGUCGCUAUGAGUGGCACAAUGAAACUGGAGCACAGAUCUCUCAGGGAAACCUCUACAUAGUGCCAAAUGUUUCCAGAACAAUAGGAGCAAUGUAUUGUGCUGCUAUCAACGAUGAGGGAAAAAAUGUUUCACGGCCCGUCCAGCUCAAUGUUUUAUAUGCUCCUGAGAUAAAGACUGAAUCAUCAUGCUCAGCAGAGAGCAACUGGGUGAAGUGUGAGUGUAUUGUGGACUCCAAUCCUGCCAGCACCGUCACAUUUAAACAUUCUGACAAAAUUCUGCCUGAAAUUACAAGAGAUAAAAAUGGUUUCUAUACCAUAAAGAUUCUUUGGAAAGACUUUGAGCCUUCCAAGUUUAUGCAGUGUCUGGCAUCUAACAUCGAAGGGAAGGCCAGCCAUACACUCUCUGUACCUCAUGAUGAGAUGAUGCCUUACAUUUUUAUUGCCAGUGGAGCAGCAGGGUUCUUGCUGUUGGUUAUACUUGUAGUGGGAGUUUAUAAGAAAUGCAGGGGGAAACCUAGAGACACUUCGGAAUUAAACAUGAGUACCAUGAUGACAGACAGGCCCCAGGAGUCACCAGAGAAGACCUCAAACAGGAACAAGAUUUGUGAUGAUCCACAUUCUUCUAAUGUUUAUAUGAAUGACGAUAUGUGUGGAAAUGUUGGGACUGACUGGGAUGAUCAAAUAUAUGCCAAUGUCUAAUAAAUAAAGGAAAAGCUGCAGUCUAUCUACCUGUUUGAGGAAAAAUAUUAAUAUUCUGGUGUGUACUUAAUGGUCUAAUUAUAUUUUAAGUUUGUUCUGUGUAAAUAUUUAGAAUGUAUUUCCUUUAAAUAAAGGAAAUUAAUUCUGCACAUAUUUGGGUUACAUUUAACUCUCAAACAUUUGAGUGCCUCAUAAGACACUGUUGCUUACAGCUAUAACUUUUCAAAAUAAGUCUUGUAAAUGCAUGUAUUAAUAAUGGCUAUUAAGCUGUUGUAAAAGUGUACCUACGUGUAUUUUUAACAUACUGGUUUCAAUAUAUUGUGCAAGUGUUGUUGUUUUUAGAAUUUCCUCUUUUGCUUGGAAGAUUGCAAGCUUCAUAAGUGUAGAUGUGAAACUAAGUUAAAUAGUAUGACUGUUUAAUAAUAAACAAAGAAAGUGUGGUUGUUGAUAGGCAUGUAUUCUUGGUCAAGUGUGGAAAAACCCAUGUGUGUGCAUGUAAGUGUGUUUAGAAUUAACUUAGAAUUAAGUUGCUACGAACCUCUGUGAAAUUUUUCAAAACGUCAACUUCUCUUACUCAAAAAGAAAAGUGAAAAGUUUCAACCUCGUUUUUGCUUUUGGCAUUGCUGUCCAUAUCAGCUGACACAAACUGCAUAUUUUAUUUGUAAAUUCUUCUUUGACAUUGGAAAAUGUUCGACUCAUAAAACAAGAAGCAAUGUGAAGCAGAUAACAGCCACGUGGGAGAAAUAUUUUCCAGGGGAGAUUGUUGUCAAAUCAAGAUGAGGCCUCUUCAUCCUCAUCAUUUUGCAGAGGCUCAGGUGUCUUUCUUCAGUUAUUCUCUUACAAGCAGCAUGUAACUUAUUGCUGGAGGAACUUUAAACAUGGAGGCCACUCUAUGCCAGUGUUAACCAAACAACUCCAGUGCUGUAAAUUGAUCUUUUUCUCCCAAUGUUAUCCUGCAACAAUAAACAAUUAAGAUUGAAGCAAAGGAUCAGUAAUGUUUGUUGCCUGGUAUUUUUCUAAAUUAGUGUGACUAUGCCUUUACUGCAGCAUGAUGAUACUAGACUGCUUAAAAUGAAAGAUAAAGUGUGAGGCUUGGUUUAACCUGAAUUGUUAUUUCUGUAAAUCUCUUUUCAUGUGGCGCUGCUGCCGGAACACCAGAGCAUGCUUUGUUACUGUUGCACAAAGAUGAAGAUCACCAUUUAAAAGUUAGCCAUGCAUAAAUAUGUGAUAUGUUAUGUGAUUCAAAAUAAUGUAAAACGCCAAAGAUAAUGGCAAAGUAAUUUUUAUUUUACUUCCCCUUUUUUCUUCUUGUCAGUGCAGUUGACAAACUACUUAAAUAGUAGGCCGACCGUUCCUCUGUUCAAUGACAUCCAUAUAAAUACGGACUGUGGGAGAAUCACAGUGCUGGUUCUUCUUGACUUCAGUGCAGCUUUUGACACUGUUGACCAUGACAUAUUACUGAAUCGACUGGAGAGUUGGGUCAGAC